AUAUCAUUUUUAAAACAAUUCAUUUACAAUCAUAGCUGGUCACAUUGGAAUUGAUUUUUUAUUGUGUAUUGUUUUGAGGAUUCUGAAACGAAAAUUAUGACAGAAACUUCAGGAUAUAACAUAACAAAGGACCCGGAACUAAUAAAAAGUCGCGUUUUUCUAGGUAACAUUCCUAACUGCACACGCGAAGAGCUUGUAAGCAUUUGCCUGCCAUACGGAAAGGUUUUAGGAUCAAUGGUUCAGAAGAAUUAUGGAUUUGUGCAAUUUGAAACGGAGGAAAUAGCCAAUAAAGCUGCAUUCGCAUUGCACAAGUCCAUAUUCAAGUCGAAACAAUUAACUGUACGCAACGCCAGCCAAAAGGGAAAGAUGCCCAAUACGCCCAAGAAAAACACGCCCCAAGUUCCACCGGCACAUGUUGCCGUUCCAGGGGGACACGGUAUGCCGCCGGUGGAAGCUGAAGAUGUGCUUAUUAACGACUGCGAGAUUAUAGUGGUUAACAGGGAUAACACCCAUUAUGCUGAGAACAUCGAAGACCGUCUUAGGAAUUGCGGCAUGCGGGUGGACGUACUGUUCCCCAACGAGGACGUAAUGCUAGGGAAAGUAUUGGCCAACAUCUCAUCGCGAGGCUGCUUGUAUGCUGUGGUUGUGACCCCUCAACAUGAAGCCCUCAAUAGUAUUACCGUUAAUAUACUUUACGGGGUUCCCGCAGAGCACCGCAAUAUGCCUCUAGAAGAUGCCAUCACCCUGAUAGCCACUGACUUCAGGCUGAAGAAGCAGCGGGAUGCCGUGGUGACUCCGGCACAAUUUGUUCACAAAGUUCGUCGCCACCCAGAAAAGAUGCAGCAACUGUUGAACCGAUUGGCGGACAAUCAUCCGUUGACUGCCUUGCAGUACGAGUGCAUUAUUAAAUACCUAGAGGACGAGCGAGCGGAGCAACUGAAGAAAGAGGUGGGUGAGGCGAAUGCUGCGUCUAAACUGAAAGCUCCCGACCCGGAAAUCGAGCAGCAAAAAAAGAUCCUUAGCAUAAUGAACAAGCCAAACGUUACCGAGGUCAACAGUAAUCUUUUAUACUCAUCUCUUGACGCGGUCAAAGACGACCAUCGCUUGAUGGAGCUCCUGGCGGAUCAGCGUGUCAUGGCUGCAUUGGAGAGCGUUUACAACUCCGAUGUGUUGCAGACUGUAUCCGAGUUUUUAUAAGAAACCAAGGGAAUUUUAUUAAAGAAAAAUAAUAAUUAUUAAAGUGAUUUAUAUUUCAUAUUUUUAAAAUUCAAAACAUAAAAUAAAAACCGCUCGUGUUUCAA